GAAUGGGGAGGGGUUAAAUUCACGGGACCAAGGAAGGGGCAGAGACACAGAGGAAGGGCGUGGACAGACCAUUUAAGAGCAGCUGCCAGCCCCCCAACACACUCACAGUUCCAGGACUCACUGCAUCUGCCACACAGCAGACGCCUGCAGGGGUCUUCAGCAUGGACAGCAUGACCACAGCCAUCUUGCUCCUGGUCCUGGCUCUGGUCUGUCUGUUCCUGACCAUGAGCUCAAAGGACAAGGGCCAGCUGCCCCCAGGGCCCAGGCCCGUCCCACUCCUGGGAAACCUGCUUCAGCUGCGCUCCCAGGACCUGCUGACUUCACUCACUAAGCUGAGCAAGGAGUAUGGCUCAGUGUUCACCGUGUACCUGGGGCCCAGGAGGGUGGUGGUCCUCAGCGGGUAUCAAGCCGUGAAGGAGGCCCUUGUGGACCAAGCAGAGGAAUUCAGUGGCCGCGGCGAAUAUCCUGUAUUUUUCAACUUUACUAAGGGCAAUGGCAUCGCCUUCUCCAAUGGAGAGCGGUGGAAGGUCCUGAGAAGGUUCUCGCUCCAGAUUCUCCGGAACUUCGGGAUGGGAAACAGGAGCAUGGAGGAGCGGAUCCUAGAGGAAGGCAGCUUUCUGCUGGAGGAGCUGCGGAAAACCGAAGGCAAGCCCUUCAAUCCCCUGUUUAUGCUGAGCCGCUCGGUGUCCAACAUUAUAUGUUCGGUGGUCUUCGGCAGCCGCUUUCACUAUGAUGAUGAGCGUCUGCUUACCAUUAUCCGGCUCAUCAACGACAACUUCCAGAUCAUGAGCACGCCCUGGGGUGAGCUGUAUAACAUCUUCCCGAGCCUUCUGGACUGGUUGCCCGGGCCACACCUACGCAUGUUCAAGAACUUCAGGGGCAUGAAAGAGCUCAUCGCUCACAGCGUCCGCGAACACCAGGCCUCCCUAGACCCCGAUUCUCCCCGGGACUUCAUCGACUGCUUCCUCACCAAGAUGGCACAGGAGAAGAAGGACCCGUUAAGCCACUUCUGCAUGGACACCCUGCUGAUGACCACACACAACCUGCUCUUUGGCGGCACAGAGACAGUGGGCACCACGCUGCGCCACGCCUUCCUCAUACUCAUGAAGUACCCGAAGGUGCAAGCUCGUGUGCAGGAGGAGAUCGACAGGGUGGUGGGGCGCUCCCGGCUACCCUCGCUGAAUGACCGUGCAGCCAUGCCUUACACCGAUGCGGUGAUCCACGAAGUACAGCGCUUCGCAGACAUCAUCCCCAUGAAUUUACCACACCGCGUCACUCGGGACACCAUCUUCCGCGGCUUCCUGCUACCCAAGGGCACGGAUGUCAUCACCCUGCUCAACACUGUGCACUCUGACCCCAGCCAGUUCGUCAAGCCCCAGGAGUUCAACCCUGAGCAUUUUCUGGACGCCAAUCAGUCCUUCAAGAAGAGCCCUGCCUUCAUGCCCUUCUCAGCUGGGCGCCGACUGUGCAUGGGUGAGUCGCUGGCACGCAUGGAGCUCUUCCUCUUCUUCACCGCCAUCCUGCAGAGCUUCACGUUGCAACCGCUGGUGGCCCCCGAGGACAUUGAUCUGACCCCGCUGAGCACAGGUCUGGGCAAAGUGCCUAGGCCUUUCGAGAUGUGCAUGAGCCUGCGCUGAUGCAGUGGCUGCAAGCAUCCACAGUUUCCUCCCCUCUUCCUGCUCCAGAAUUGGCCCUCAUCCCCCUCGACGUCACCCUGUCUUCCCCACACCCUCAGCCUGCCACGUGCCCAUCCUUCACCCCUCCUCUCUGCAUCCCACCUGCACGUGAGAAAAACAAGGGGAAUGGGAAGGUUGUCUUGUACCAACAGAACUUGUUCUGUGA